AUGGAUAUUGACUCGGGUCAUCUAGCUAGCAAAGCAAAGCUAGGACUCCUAAGUCACACCUUAGUAUCAAACCCAAUUAUUCAAUGGAUCCUACCGGCGCGCCUUCGGAGCAAGUACCAGAAUGACGUUAUAUUUGUCGGCGAACGGACCCUCCAGAUCAAGGAAGCCAUAUCUGGAACCCACUUGGAGGAGGUUUCUUCAAAAUCUGAUUUUGACGCUUAUAUCAUGGCGGCGAAGGUGAUCAAUGUCAGCACAGAAUUGCCAUGGGAAUCCCAAAUGAGGGUUGGGUCUGAUGGUGCGGAUACGACCUUGGAACUGCGAGGCGGCCUUCCUUCUCAAAUCAUGGUCCUCAGUCUUGCUUCCAAAGAGCUAGUGUUUCUUUACUAUUCGAGUGUCGCCAGUCAAUUCAUUCACUGCCACCGGCCAUUACCGAGCGAUGUUAGUACUUUUGAGCGAUUCGGCCGAAAUAUUGCUGUUGAGCCAAGGUCUAGGGCAGUUGCUGUCAGCGCCUCCUCCGACUAUUUUGGUGUAUUCAUUCUAAAGACACCUCCUGUCGUCCAAAUCCAGAUGUCGGAGGGCCAGUUAGAUCCCGUAGCAGAGGAACGCUUCUUUCGCCUCGACGGCGAUAUAAUUUUCAUGGAAUUUCUCUACCCUAAACCCGAGGACGGAGACAAGAUUAUCCUUCUUCUCUUAGUCUCCCACAAUCAGACAACACAUGCUGUAUGCUAUGAGUGGAACGCUCGUCAAACUCUACGCCAAUCCCAUCCACGUGUAACAAAAAAGAAGCUGCCACCAGAGGAUAGACUGCCCACCAUGAUGAUACCCUUGACCAAGGCCUCCUCUUUCAUGUUGGUGACCACAACCGCGAUGACUAUCUAUAAAAACAAGCUUGACUUCCCUGGGCAGCCUACCAAAUACCCGCUUCCUUUUCCUGACCGCGAGCAACAAAGAUCACCUCUAUGGACUCGAUGGGCAAGGCCAUUGCGCAACUGGUUAUACAACCAAAAACAUGAUGAUAUAUACCUCUGUCGAGAAGAUGGUAGGAUAGACUACUUGGGUGUUGGGAACGAAGGUGACGUUGAGAAUCAAGCUCAACUUGGUCACUUGUCUUGCGACGUUGAUGCGGCCUUUGAUAUAUUGGAUAUCGGCCAUGAGGGCGGUGAUCUUCUUCUAGCUGCUGGAAAUACCGGUGAUGGAGGGUUGUUCGUGCAGAAAGCCCGAGACCAGCCUCGGUGUGUCCAAAAGUUUAUGAACUGGUCCCCGGUUACCGACUCCGUUAUUGUGAAGCCCCCUCCGAACCCAACCGCAGUGGCGGAUAACAUAGUUGGUGAUCGGUUGUUUGUUUGCUCUGCGUCGUCUUUCGGUCGUGGAGCAGUGGUUGAAUUGCGACACGGGAUUGAAGCACAGAUCGGACUACUUAUAUCCUUGGAAGAACUUUCAGGCGCCAGGGAUAUAUGGAUUUUACCAGAUAGCGCCAACGGUGGUGUUUUCAUGUUAACGUCAGACCCUGUGUCCUCAACCAUUCUCUAUCUUCCAGCCAAUUUCAGCGAAGAAAUAUCUGCCAUUGAUGAAGCCGGUUGUGGGUUAGACCCAAAUUCACCGACCCUAGCAGCCGGGUAUGUUCAGUCAGGAAGCCUCAUCCAGGUAACUGACAAAGCAAUACUUAUUGGCGCGACAAAUGAUUCGCAGGCCCCUUCCCGCUAUGAAUUGCGUCCGGGCGAGAAUAUAACAGUGGCGGCUAUGCACAGUCCAACAUUCCUUAUUGUUACUGCUAUCCGGACUCACCAGAGAAUACACAUCCAACCAAAAAGAAUCACACCAGUGGACGUCGGCAUCCAACUGUCCGAUAUUGGUCCAGCCAUUGACCUAGACUAUGAGCCUGUCUGUAUGACCAUCCAAAAUCUGGAUAUCGGUACUCUUGUCUUUGUCGGAAGUGGAGAUGGUAAGGUUCGGGUUUACCACAUUGAUGGAAACGCCAAAUUUCUCCUAGACGUGUCUGUCACUGUUGAAAAUGAUGACGAUAUUUCAAAGGCUAUUGAUAGUCUUGCAAUGUUUGCAAACACAAACGAGACACCCAAUAAAGCUGUCCUGCUAUGUGGCCUGCGGAGCGGCUUCUUGAUCAUGUUUGACGUCUCAAUAGACGCUAAUAAUGUCAACACUCCCCUUGGCAUACGUCAAACAGCCAUCAGACAUCUGGGAUAUACAUCCGUUAAAGUGCAGGCCGAAGGAAGCAUUGGGUUACUGACAUGCGGCAAUAGCUUCUGGCAGUUAAGCUGCUCCCAAGGAGACCAGGCAUCCGACUGCGCUAUUCAAAGGGUAUGGAUAACUGACCAGAACGAUCCCGCUUACUACCCGAGGGUCAUACACAGCUUCACCACGAUGGGCGCCGAGAAUUCGGAUAUGAAAGGCCUUUCUGGCAGCCUUUUCUGCGUCGCAGAUGGGCAGCUGAUGAUAUGCACAUUAGACCAUGCUGUUAGGACUAUUCCUCGAAGAAUCGAUCUACCAGGCAGCGCGCACAAGGUGGCUUAUUCGCAGCAUCUAAAGAGCCUAGUGGUGGCCUACAGCCAAACCGCGUUCGAUACUGAAACGGAUCCUGUCAAACGUUAUACCAGGCCAUAUAUCGAGUUCCUUGAUCCAGAUUCCCAGGACCCUCUUGGCAGUUCUAUAGAGGGUUUAGAGGACCAAAGGAGUAAACCCUGGAGACCUCAAGGUGCGGCCGGCGAGAAGAUCAGUUGUAUUCUGGAGUGGACUCCGAGAAAGGGCGACGAGGAGUAUCAUUUCAUCGUGAUUGGGACAGCACGGCGGAAUCAAUCGGAGCGCGGUCGGGUUAUUUUCCUUCAAGCUUCUCGAGACUCGUCCACGGCCCAGAUUGAGUGCUCUGUCAAGUAUAUCCACAAAUUUGAUGGCCCGGUCUAUUCCAUCGUCCCAUAUGGGGAUUUCACGUUAAUGGUAUCCACCGGUCAUGAGAUUAUAGCAUUGGAACCGAAAUUCGCGCAGCCAAGGCGAGUUCGGUCAGCAAGAUUCUCGGUCUUAUCUCCGGCUAUCUCUAUGUCUUCUCACGAGCCAUACGUCUACCUAUCAACCGCUAGGGAGUCCCUCCUGAUAUUGAAGGCCACCGAGGAUAAACUGGCUUUACAUGCAUAUGACCGUCAGAAGCACGAUGGGCUCUCCCACAUCCACAUCGGUGGGGAGAUGAAGCUCACAUUGGCCUCCAGCAGAGCUGGGCGGCUGAGCUUGCUGUCAGAAAAUGGAGUGUCUGAAACCGAUAAGAUGAUGCCUGUUGCGUUAUGCGAAGCGCAUCUCCCUUCGUCCGUGAUGAAACUUAUAUCUAGCUCCGAGCUGUCCCCUCUUUCGCCUCGUUCUCACGCAUUCUAUGGCACUGCUAUAAAUGGUACAGUCUAUCGUUUCUUAACUCUGGAGGAGAAAGAAUGGCGUCUUCUACGACUGCUACAGGAUCUCUGUAUCCGGGAUCCCGUCAUAUGUCCGUUCACGCCCAGAAGGAGAAGGCAGCAUAAUCCGGUAGGCCAUGAGCCUCUCGAGUUUAAGCCGUCCCAUAUGCACAUUGACGGCGAUAUCCUGAGUCGACUUGUCUCGCGUGACUCUGACCAUCUGUCGAAAAUGCUCGAUGGGAAACGUGGAGAAGACAGGGAGACCUCAGGCGUGAAGUCAGGACCCGCACACGAUACUGUCCAAAUCUUCACAGAGCUGGCCCGCGACGUCCUUGGGGAGUUCACAAACCCAGCCGAAGCAGUUAUGAGGUGGCUGAAGAGACUUUUCCAUGUAGAAUUCUAA